AUGGAUUCAGACAGCCUGUCCAGUCGGUCCUCCUCGCCUGAGUUGUUGAAUGGAGAGAACACAAAGUACUUGCCUGGGGAAAUGUUUCAAACGUUAUGCAUGGGGCAAAGGAUGACUACUCGGGGAAAAACAAGAACUGGCGAAAAUAAUACUUCUCAGGACAACGUCCAUGAAUUACGACUGAAGGUGAACAGUCGUGAGCGUCAACGCAUGCACGACCUGAAUCAAGCCAUGGAUGGACUGAGAGAAGUCAUGCCAUACUCUCAUGGACCCUCUGUACGCAAGCUUUCCAAGAUUGCCACCUUGAUGCUGGCACGUAACUAUAUCCUCAUGCUGUCCAGUUCCUUGGAAGAGAUGAAGAAACUGGUGAGUGAAGUAUAUGGCGGACACCGUACAAUUGGCUGUACCAACUCUCUGCCCCUUCACCACAUAGCACAUUUACCUCCAGUGAUGGGUUCCAUACCUCCCUCAGACAUUACCAAAUACUCAGGACCAGUGAUGCCAGACAUCUGCCUCCCUCCUGCUGUUAACCAUUUUUCAGGACUGCUCUGUCCAAGUGCCAUCUGCCAGACCCUGCCACAUCCGCUGUCCAGGACUGUUGCCACUUUUCCAUCUCAGUGCUCUGGAAAAUGA